AUGGGAAACAGAAGAAUGGACGUACAAAUUGAUUGACAUAAUAAAACCGAAGAUUCUCCAAGCACACAUGACAAACAAACCAGUUCGAAUAUUGGAUCUUUGCACUGGUACAGGCUGUAUCUCUCUUGCAUUGGCAAAAAAAUUACCCAAGAACACAGUUGAAAUAACAGGCAUUGAUAUAUCUGCAGCGGCUAUAGCGCUAGCCAAGGAAAAUUUUGCACUGCAUAAGGAGUCACUGAACAAUCCAGUUACAUUCGAACAAAAAGAUAUAUUUCAGCUUGACAGCCAUGACGUAGAACCUUACCAGUUGUUUGUAUCAAAUCCGCCUUACGUCACUCAUGAUGAAUAUGCUACCUUGGAACCUUGUGUCAGAGACUGGGAGGAUAAAAGAGCGCUAGUUGCUGAUGAACAAGGCACUUCAAUUCACAAACGAAUUAUUGAUUUAUCGAGACAUAGUAAACCAUACGCAGAGAAUACCCCGUAUGUUUUCAUGGAGAUUGGGGGAGCGCAUCAGGUCAAAGUUCUGAUGCAAACAAUGCAACAAGCAGGCUUGCACAAUAUAUCAAUAUGGAAAGAUCUGGCUGAUAGAGAUAGAGUUAUCGUUGGUUAUUAGAUAGGCUCAAUUGUAGUCCAAUGUUGACCGUCAGCAUUAACAUAAUUAACGUAGGAAAAGUAUUUUGAUAAUGGUGUUAUUACAAACAAGUGUUGGCCCAUUGUAGUUUUUCCCGAGUAGAUACUUUCCUUUGAUUGCCAAUUGAUCUUUAUCACUUAAAUGACACGUUGCAGCGGAAACAGAUUUGGGCUGCACAAGCGGAUGUUCAUUUCCUUUGCUUUCAAAACUACUCACAUCGGCUUUACUUGUUCUACCUGUCAGAGUCGUUUCUUGUGAUGACGCUCCCAACGACUUACUGGACUUGUGGCCAGCCUUUUUAUGCUUUAAU